AUGUCAGAUGAUUUAAGUGACAACUUCUCUUAUGAAGAAGGUUCUUCCUCGGCGUUUGAAUUCGAAGACGAGGAUGAUUUAUUACAAAGUGAAGGGGAAAGUGAUUAUGAUGGCGAUACUACAGUUACAAAUAGAAAUCGGAAUACAACCGAUAGUUUUGAACCAAAAUUUCACCCAUGGACAUUUGAAGGAUUCAUACAGCAUCAGUUUAUUGAUAAGGCUGCUGAGCUACACCAACGGCAAUUACCCCAAUGUACUUUGGGUGAUAUUUUAAUAAUGUUACAAACUAAGAACUGGCAGCCAGAAAAUGUGAUCAAUGAUUUUUACGAUAACCCUACUAAAUUACGAAAUCAAUGUGGUUUACCGCAACCUCCUAUAGAUAAGAAAGUUGGUUUAAUAGAAGUUGAUAAUUUUGAGUGUGCUAUUUGUGCAGAAUCAUACGAGCAUACUCAAAUCUAUGCUUUAGCAUGUAAUCACCGAUAUUGUGGUGAGUGCUAUAAAAGCUAUGUUAACAUGCAUAUAUCGUCGGGUAAACUUAUAACAUGUAUGAACCUCGAAUGUCCGUUAACGAUUUCUCAUGGGGACGUUGCAUUAUUAGCUAGCCAAGGGAAAGAUGAAGAAUCAAUAAUUAAACCUAAAAUUGAUUUAAUCUCGAAUCCAUUACUAAUAUCGACCGUUUCAAAUUAUAUUGAUACCCAUAGGAAACAGUAUAAGUGGUGUCCUGCAACCGAUUGUAAUAAUUUGAUUGAAUUAGAUCGAGAUGCCAUAGCCAAUCAUGAUGAAGAUGAAAAUCGAGAUAUAGAUUUAACUCACGUCCUAAAUGUUUCCUGUCCAGAAAACCACGAAUUUUGUUAUAAAUGUCAUCGAGAAAAUCAUUUACCAUGUCCAUGUUGGAUUGUUGAUUUAUGGGUUCAAAAAUGUAAAGAUGAUUCUGAAACUGCUAAUUGGAUUCAAGCAAAUACUCAACCAUGUCCAGAGUGUGAUUCACUGAUUGAAAAAAAUGGUGGCUGUAAUCAUUUAACUUGUCGUAAAUGUAAAUAUGAAUUUUGCUGGAUUUGUCUUGGUAAUUGGAAAGAUCAUGGUCGAGAUUUUUACCAAUGCAAUAGAUUUGAUCCAAACGUUGUCAAAGAAUUACAAAAGGGUAAAGAGCUGAAAAGAUUGAGUUUGAGAAGAUAUUUACAUUUUUAUAAACGUUUUACGGUUCAUGAGUCCUCAAUGAAGGGAGAUCAAAGAAUUAUAGAAAGAGUUGAUGAAAAAAUGAAAUCUUAUAUGGAACUUCAAACUAAGAAUCUGACAAAUGAAAGCUCACUAUCAUGGGUUGACGUACAGUUUCUACAUGACGCAAUUAGAGCUUUAACCAAUGGACGUAAAACCCUUAAAUGGACAUAUUGUUUUGCAUUUUAUCUUGAAAAUACUAAUUUCUCAGAAAUCUUUGAAUCCAUGCAAGAUUUUUUGAACUCAACCGUUGAAGAAUUAUCAAAAAUUUUUGAAGAAAUCAAUGCUAAAAAAAACAAUACUAAUUCAAAAAAUUAUGAGGUAAUUACAAAAUAUAGAAAUGAAAUUAUGUCUUUGAGUAAAUUAAUUUCUCAAAGACAAAGAAUGUUAAUUGAUUGUGCACAAACUGGUCUUCAACAAGGUUUAUUGAAGUUUGCUUAA